CAGUGAGAGCAGGUAAACAUAUGGCUGAAACAGAAAGAGACAGAAACAGGGGGAAACGACAGGAAUAUUUUUGAACAGUGAGAACAAAACAUGGGACAAAGGAGGGAGAAGGUGUCAAUGACAGAGAGGAAAAGAGAGAGGGGGGCGAGCCAGCAAACGAGAUACGCUCAUUCGCUCACGAGACAAACUGAGUGAGAGAGAGAGAGAGAGAGAGAGAGAGGGAGAGGGAGGGAGGGAGAAAGAGAGAAGGAGCGCAAGCAACUAUCAUUCGUUCCUGACUCCACACGGGAACACACCAUCCCUGGAACACGGCUGGGAACGGAGGAACGGGAAUGCACUGGGACGAAAAAACUGAGGAGAAUAAAGAUUACCUGCCAUCUGUUGGUCUUCCUCACUCAUCUGUCAUCAUCCACUGUCACUUUUUCUCUUUUUUUUCUGAGGAGAACUUCUUCAGAGCCUCCAGUGAAAACACAUACAUAUAGAGAUAUAUCUAUAACAAUCCUAUACAUAUAUCAAUAUACAGUAUGCCUGUUUUCAUAAACAGCGUAUGGGGGACCGAACUGAGCAGAAGGAAGACACCCUGAUCGUGAAAAACAACAAAAUCAUCUGGAGGACUGAAGAACAACAGAUAUUCCUCUGAGAACUGAACAGUGCUAAAAGCUGAGAAUGACUUGUGGAAUACCUCCAAACUGUAGUGUGAGGCAUCUUUUCCUCUCUGGCGUCACACAAUGUUCAGUGGGACAAAGAUUACGGAUAAGGCUUGAGUCUAACGGCGUGAUUCCUUCAGGCUUCUGAGUUGGAAUUACACCAAGUGCUGUUAUUUUUUUUUUCUUGGGCCACGAAACAGUUUGUCUUGGGGUGAGAUCCUCGAAUUUGGAGUCUCUCCAAAGGGGAGGAAUCUUGCUCUCUCUCGCUCUCUCCCUGUAGUGAUGACAACAGCGAGCGUGUUGUGUGCUGAAGUGCUCUCCGUCUCACUCCCUGAUGGGGGCUGCUUUUCCUGUAUCAGCUCGCCGGACAACAAGUCAGCAUUAAACCUGCUCUAAACUUGGAGACAGAACACCUCAGCAAAUUUGGUUCAAUUUAACUAAACUCCACUGGUUUUAACUGUCCCCUGUGGCGCUGUUGCAUCCUGGAAUACACAUUGAGGGAUUACUCGAAGAGGAUCAUGGCAUCCUCACACCUGUUUUUCAAUUCGUUGACUGCAGUUUUGCUGUUGAGCUAUGUUUCCUAUGGUCAAAAAUCCAACACUGCCACCACAGGUGUGCAAGCCACCAACCGGACGGCUGCGCCGUCUGGCGCCCCUGAGGUCACGCUUGCGACCCCGGGAUCAGAACCGGAAGAAAUUCCAGCAGCCGGGAGCCGUUGCUGGGGUUACUAUGACGUGAUGGGCCAAUGGGAUCCCCCGUUUAACUGUAACGCAGGAAUCUACCUGUUCUGCUGCGGCUCCUGCUACUAUCGAUUUUGCUGCCAGUUUAAGGUCCACAGUCUGGAUCAGACGUCUUGUUCUAACUAUGACACUCCGGUGUGGGCAAAUACAGGCAAGCCGGCGGCUCCGGUGACCGAUGUCCAGGAGGAACCAGAUCGAGAUCGCACUCACAUGAUCGUUUAUAUAAUAUGUGGAGUGGUAGCCAUCAUGGUGCUGGUCGGGAUCUUCACAAAACUGGGCCUGGAAAAAAGCCAAGGAGGACAGACGGACAUGACCAACUCCAGGGCCCUGACGGAGCUGUUGAAGCAGCCAGGCGAGGACGGAGGUGUGGACAGAGGCGGAGGACACCACCCUAUCGGCUCCAACGGCAUCUCCGGCAGGUCAAUGCGCACCAACAACGAGCACAAUCACCUGAAUAACGUCACGCUUCCUCCUUUGAGUCCCGCAAUGACCCUUUCUCAGCCACACAACAACCUGGGCUUCAACAAAUACUCCUCUCUGAAGACCAUGGAUACUACAGCCAGGGAUUACUACCCCAAGAGCUACCCCAUGAUGGAUUACGCACACCGCCAGUCCUCGUCUGCAACCUUCCAGCCAAUCGUUUUCCACCCAAAAGAUAAGCCCUUCCUUCCUCCUCCAGAUAUCCAUACUCCUUUGGCUAUCACCAUUACAUCUGCUCAAGUCCCCAAGCCCAAGAUCUCCAAGACCAACACUCACCCACUCACCUCAAGCUCGGCCUUCAAGGCCUGGGACCCCAACAAGAGCCAUGUCCAACAUCAAGUCCCUCUCAUGGCGCAGCCACCGCUGUCCCAGCCUAACAGUCGGCGUCAGGCCUUCUCCAACAAGCGGCAGUUUAGCAUCGAGACUCUUCCGGAACUGUUCACGCAGCCUCUGGGGUAUGGGCAGUCUCCACAUCUCCACCUGAAACAUAAGGGUCUGCCCACAAACAGCAAAACAGAGGUGACAGUCUGAGGGGAAGCCUGGGAAGGACACAAACACAAGAAAGCAUGAUUUCGAUUAGACAUUGCUACUGGAUGUUGAAGCUUCUACACAUGCAAUUAUAUUUAUAGUAUGUUUCCUACUUUUAUUUAAUUUGGAUUAGAUUUAUAAUUACCAGAGUAACGAAGGGGAAAGCACUGCAUGGUCUUGUUUCCAAUUCUUGAUGGGCCUUGAAUCCCCGGUGAUCGUACUUUCCCCUAAAAAUCUGGCCUGUUGUACUCCUGGCAUUCAAAUGUCUUUUGUGGUUGGGACCCAUGUGUCCAAUAGCAAAGGGCAGGAGCCUGGCACCUCAGGAGUCUUCACACCCUUCUGGACAAGGCCAUUGUGCUGUCAACUUCCAUCAGCCAAGAGCUGCCACAGAGCGAGAUAUUAUUCCGACAAUUCUAGACCACUGAGGACAAAGUACAGCAAGGAAACAUAAGGAAGAGGACAGUGAGAAAUCCAGGUGUCCCGUGAGGGAAGAAUAAGACAUUCGUGAUGUACAGGUUCUUGUUAUUUCAGCCAACGAAUAAGGGUCUAGGUAAAGUUGGUUUGUGCUGCAAAACUUGUCCAGGGAGCAAACCACCAACAUCAAAUCUAUUCUGGCUGCUUCUAUUUCAAACUCUUGUUCGAGACAAGCCACAGGUAAAGACAAGGUCAAUGAGCAAGUCUCUAUUACUGACAGACCUCAAGAGAGACAUUUCAGGGGACAAAAGUCGCCCGCAGGUGCCAUAGUGACGGAGGAGCACACAUCUAGGAGAACAAGUCCUGCAAUGUCAUAAGUAGCACUGCCAAAGCAACUUUGCUAAACUGGCCUAUGUGUAUUUUUUGCAAUAUCUGUCAAACAGCCUGCUUCUUUUGAAUACUUCUGAAUGUAAAUAACUAUCCUUUUGGUCGAAGCAAGAACCUAUUAAUCCAAUGGUUUGUUGGCCAAGUCUAGCAUGUAGCAGCAAAACCCUAUUGUAGCAUCCUGAUGCACACAACAUGGAAAAUCACUAAAUGUGGUUGUGGGCAUUGGUUUAAGACUAAAAGAGUUCAGGUGUUUCUGGACCUGAAGAGGAAAAUACCAAGGAAAAUGGUAGCAAUACUAGGCCUAUCUGUCCUCUCUUGCCUUGGGGCAAAUGACUGAUGGACACAGCUGUCAACCUCACUCCCUCUCUGCCGCUCCAAGCUGUUCCCAGCCAGGCGUUUGGCUGCCACACUGCCACCAAACAGCAGGGGGCGCUGUAAUUGAUGACAGCACACUUUGAAUACAGCAGAUCAAAAAGUUCUUGUCUUCUCAUCUACAAUGAACAUGUUGUUUUGCUCAAAAGACAGAGGCUACACCACGUAACAAAAUUUGGAUAUUUUUAUGCACUAUGACGUGACCUCUUAUACCUUUAUGUGACAACAAAACAUCUGUGUACAGAGCAAACAGCUGUGUCUAAAAAGUAGCACACUUUAUUUGAACAGCCUUGUGCAAUUUUACGGGCCGAUGACAUCUAAUGUACAAGCCACCUAGGGACUAUUAAAGAGUGUGAAAUGUUCAGAGUUCAACGGAACUGCUGCUCAGGGCUGCUUGCAAAUAAAAAAGCAGAUCUGUGAGAGGCAGAGAAGGAUUACUGAACUCAGAAAGAGGCGGAACUGCUCUCAUAACAGUACAAAGCGUCCUUUUCUGAGCACUAGAUUGCAUUAUAGUCACUGCAGUACACGUUACAGCAGUUGGGCCUGUAAUGAACUAUAAAGAAAGGAUGAGAAAAGAACAAAGGAAGUGUCUUGCUCUCUCUCUAUCCUCACACCAGCUUCAUUUUGGAGGUAAUUUGUACUUCUGGACCAACUCCAGGGACAACGGCUCCAAAAAUAUGACAACAAAUACAGUUACAGCAUGUUCCUAGAUGGCUAUUUUCAACCAUCAAACUGAUGCGAGGAUGUAUCAACAUGCUCUCAUGGGUCAGCUUCGAGUCAAACUAUCCUGAGCAACAGUGAUGCUUCUUUCUGUCUCGGUAGCAAUGCCCCCAGGGUGUCAUUGGGUUUCAGGGGCAAACCCGGGAGGACAGACGCAGCUGUCAGACUCUCCUGGCAGGGAGAUGUCAAGCGAUGCCAAGGUGAGCCAGCAACACAGUCCUCUGCCUGAAAUGGAGCCACUUUGUCGGCCAGGAGGUCAUAGAGUCUCUCUUUGAGGAAUGCUAGAAAAGAGCGAGUAGAGAAGUUCUAAUUGUUGUUAAAACCACAUCGGCAAGGAUGGAUUCAAAUUUCCACCGAAUCACAUGGAAUAAACUUUGUAGAAAACAUAUUUUGAGCACUGGAUUGGUAAGUUAAUUACAUCACUGCACAGGUUAAAGAUGAAAAAGUGUAAUCAAAUGAGCGCAUUCACACAUACAAACAAACAAAAGGUGUAAAUAUCUGCUUCCGAGAUCCUUCGGUGUGAAGACUAUUUGUUGGUUAUUAUAAACCACCCGAAUAAGCUGAAUGACUGUUGUUGCAGACUUCUUCUGUUCUACCUGUGAUGUGAAUGCCACCGGGUAGCAUUUUAUCUUUAGCAAUACAUAAUGUAUUUUUACUGUUUAUGUACCAUUUGUCUCUUUUGUACGGUAAGCGUAACUGGAAUCAGAGUCGAGCCUGCCGCAGUUGACAACCAUUUGACAAAGAUGAAGUGCUUCCGAAUUUUAACGCCCUCCCUUACUAACUUAAAAGAUGUCUUGCCAUAUUUGAAGCUUGCGCUAUAUGUAAAAAGCAUUCGCUUUAUUUAAUAAUUUUUGAAAGAUGUAUUAUAACCAAUGCUUGAAUGACAUGUUAGUUGCCAGUCCAGAAACAUGUAAUACGUAUAUUGGAGAAUCACUUUGUUCCCAUUUGUUUGGUGGCUCCAUUCGUCUGGUGGUACGUUUGAUUGGUCUAAUCUUAUGCACUAUUCUAAGCUGUACCUUUUGUGUAUGUAUAAUUAGGAGGAAUUUUUACUAAGGGCUUUUAAAGAGGUCUAUGCUCUUAACAGAAGUUUUUGCCCCAUGUUGAAUAUGGAAAUUGUUAGUGUUUUCGAACGCAAUGACAGGGAGUAGACUUGCUUGUGUCGGAGUGGAGUUUUCAAGGGUUCACAUUUCAGCAAUGCUCAGCGCUUUGGUGAAAAAAAUGUUGUACAACAACACACUCUUGUGUUGUGUAUUACAGGGUAUGCUUACAUGACACUUUCAAGUGCAAAAGUUGUGUUUUGGCAGAAAACGUAAGCUCUCUUGUCCAUAUACAACUAUAAAAAUGUAAUUUUGUGAAAAUAGUGACAUAAUUUGCUUAUGUUUUACAUGUCCAGUCAUGUACGCGUCUAACUACCAAAAAUAUAACAGUGGUCAUACACUACCUAACAGAAGGCUUGUCAUUGGUCCCAGUUGUAAGCAUCAAAUAAUAACCUGACUUCUAAUCAAUGAGGUAGAUUUUUUAGAUGAAUCAACUGUUGAACUGUAUCACAACGACUACAGAAGACCUAUUAGUACCCACAAAGUCCCAAGAUUCUCACAGACAUCAGCCAAGAUUGGUGAAGGAAAAGUCAUGAUUUGGGGUUUCAUUAAAUAUGAGGCAUGUAAGAAAUCUGCAGAGUGGAUGGCAACAUCAACAGCCUGAGGUAUCAAGACAAUUGUGCUGACAUUACA